UCACAGGACUCUGAGCCCUCGAGUUUGUUGUGGAUCAGAAAAAGGAAAAGGAGAAAAGGGCAUGUGUCUCCAAAGCAUGGAGAAUGAAAGGAUAAGAUGCAGAAAGUGCCGCAGUGUUCUGCUGUCCAAGACCAAGCUGUGUGUGCUUGAUGCUCAUGGGGAGGAGUACCAUCACACAGUUGAGGAUGAAACCAGUGACUCAGAAUGCACCUGCCUAUCAUUAAGGGAACAUAGCUGCCUCUAUUUAUCAGAAGAGUCUUUCCCUGACUUUGUAUUGCAAGCCAUAGAGGAGAGCUCAUGGACCAAGGGAAAGAUAUAUUGCCCAGCCUGUGAAGCACGACUUGGCUCCUUCAACUUUGUCUCAGGGAGCCAGUGUGCCUGUGGCUCUCAUGUUCUUCCUCAAGUACACAUCCUGAAAUCAAAGGUUGAUUGGAUGAAAGUCAAUGAACCACUCCCACAUCCCGUGUCAUUCCCCAACCAGUCUGUCAUACUGUGUGCCUCCGCAUUGCCUCUGGAUGAGUCCGUACAGGUUUCUCCAUUAGAAGCGAGUGGUGUAAAAGAAGGUGCUGCCCUUGGUGUUCCCAGAAGCUUCACUGAUCUCCCUCACCCUGCUGACAUCUCUCCACAAGACAGCUCUUCCAGGUCUCAUAAGAAGAUGGAUGCAAAGUCAAGCAGUAAGGUGAAGCACAGGAAGCAAAACAGAAAAAAGAUCACCACUGAUGCAAAUGCUUUAGAUGAAGAGUUGAGUGGAGGACAGACAGCAAAGACGUCUUGCUUUGAAGUGUUAGAUGAUGAACUCAUUGGAAGUGAGGAUGGUUCCAGCUCUGAGAAGGAUGAAAGAGAUGUCCCAGACAACUUGGUGUGCCCAGUGUGCCUUGACAUAUUAUACAGUCCUUUAGUGACCAAACCCUGCGGCCACAUCUUCUGUGAGCCAUGCUUGCGUCGCAUGGCCCGACCCAACCCCACAAACACUCACUGUCCACUUUGUCGCCAGAUUAUUGGACAGUGCAUGCCUUGUCCUGAAUUGGCGCUUGAUGUUCGAGAAAGGUUCCUUGACCUUUAUCAGAAGAGGCGCAACUUUGAACUUCAGCACAACAGUCAACACCUGCCAUUACCAUGGAUUAGAAAUUUCAGAUUGAGGAAUGCAUACAACACUGGUGGAAGCUGGGUGGAGUGGGCUGGUGGCUGGCGUGCUGUCAUAGCGAUGAUGUCAUUGAAUAUUCUUGGUGUCGGCAUUGUGCUUUAUCUUGGAAAGGAAGUCAAGACUCAGUCAGAGCACAGAAUGUCCUGAGUGGAUUGCCUUUACUUUAUAAAGAUAGAUAGACAGAUAAGUAAAGAUAGAUAGAGUGACUGCUAGAUAAAUAGACAGAUUAUGAGUAUGCAGCUAUGUUGACUGUGUGGCUCAUCAUAAGCUGCCACAAACCAGAUUAAACCAAAUACAGAAGAUUUUCUAUUUAAAAGAGUCCAACUUUAUUGUAUAUAUAUAAAAAUGUAUUAUCUUAUGCAACUGGGAGAUUGUUUAUUUAUGUAAUACAGCAUGUAAUUAGUAAUGCUUUGACUGACACAUUGUGACUGGCAAUGACUUGGGAGUUAAGUCUUAUGUGUCAUGUCAUUUUACCUUAACAGAUUUGCCUGCUGUAACUCCACACUGUCCCUCACAUCUUGAGGUUACAGUUUGUCCAUUUGUAUGUUUUUGUGAUAGCUUUCUCUGUCAUUACAACAAUGGUGGUAACUUUCUGUAUACUGUAGGUUGGGUCACUGACAGGUUUAUUUAUUUAUCUAUUUAUCUAUAUAUUUUUUUAUUUAUUUCAUUUUAUUAUUCUUAAAGUAAGAGGGAUUCUGAUCAAGGGCAACAAUAAGACAGCUAAAAUGAAAAACCCCACUGAGAAUGAUAGCCCCAAAAGCAAAUUUGUCAAAAAGAAUUGUGGGUUAUAAUUUGUCCAUUUGUAUGUUUUUUGUCUAUAAUGAUGUGAUUGGCUUUCAGUCUCAUUACACCAGCAGUGAGAGGAUGGCAAUAACUUUUUUAUAUACAGCAGUAUGGGUCACUGAUAAAUAUUGGCAGCAAAGCAUGUGUUGUUACUGUCAAAUACUUGCCUGCUAAUCCAUGAAAGCCAAGAGACACUGCAGCUCUAUGUAAGCCUAACACCCUCUUAGCACAUACAGUAUUAACAUAUUUUCUUCAUCACAUAUACCUAUAUUUUUUACAACAUUCCCAAGUAUCAGCACAAGUCAAAGAUGUUUAGUCUAUAGGUGCAACAAAACUGAAAGGACAAAAUUAGAAACAUGUGAAGUUGGCAACAGUAAAACUUUUGCCAAUCCUGUUCCAUGUAUUCAGUAAGGACAUGUCACAUCCUACCAAAUGUAGGCUGUUGUCCUCUUGUGAUUGGUUAAACCUCCCCUCUUAAUUAGAAGCAUGUACUUGUCUAGAAACACAUUGCCUUUGUUGAUCUUUCACUUAUAUUUCUGCUUAAACUGUUAUUAUUAUUGUAUAGAGAUUCUGAAUUAUCUUCACUUUCCUCUACAGCUUCAGUAUACUUUUCUAUGCUUCUGCCAUAACAGCCCCAUUAUGAAUGGGGACAUCACUAAAGAAGUGCCUGUAAGACACCCAGCUAUGGCUAAAGAUAUGUUGUAGUAUAACAGGAAAAAGUAUCAGGACAGGUAUUAAGUUUGAAUUGCACAUGACAGAUGGUUUGUACUAUAAUGAGAGGAUAACUUUGUCCACACAAAACAUGAAGAGCCCAAGAAGACAGAAUAUGCAUUGUAUUACCAGCUUUGCAUGUCAGCACUGUCCAUAAAAAUUAUCUUUCAAGUAGCAUGUUGGUUGCCAGAAUCAAGGAGCUAAUGCUUCCUGCAGUGACUGACUGCUGUUGGGGAGUAGUAGUGAUGCUGUGGUAUUUGGGUUCACCUCCUGAGAGAUUGUGACUUUUGUGUGGGAUGGGCCCAUGUGGGAGUGGCCAUAUAUUCACCUUGAUUGUAAAUAUAUUCACUUUUUUGUAAAUAAAGGUACUAUUUGGA